AUGGCCGGGGAUGGGGUUGAGUUGCAAGUUCUAUUCUAUGACGAUGAGGGUUGGUGGGGAAUUGCGUGGUUGGCUGUAUACAACUUGACUGAGAAUCCGGAUUAUUUGAAUCUGGCGAUUAGCAUCUAUAAUGAUAUCCAAGGGGGUGUGGAUAUGCCGUGUGGUGGUCUCUGGUGGGAUAAGAGUAAAGGAUAUAUCGCCUCGAUUGCCAACGAACUAUACAUCGCCCUCGCCGCCGGCUUAGCCAACCACGUCUCCUCCGACCAGGCACAAUCCUACCUUGACGCCGCAACUAUAGGCUGGGACUGGUUCACCAAUAUUGGCGUCGUUGGCGAUGAUUGGCUCGUCGUUGACGGUGUCGAUACCAGUUCAUGUGAACCCACCGGAGCCAAGUGGUCCUACAACCAGAUUGCUGCAGUCGAACUCGCUCAAGCUACCGGCAAUUCUUCCUAUCUCGACUAUGCGGGAAACAUUUCGAACGCAACAACAGCCAUAAAUGGUACGUUUCCUGAUGCCAAUGGGGUAAUCAAAGAUUGCACGGGCGGCUGCGAUAUUCAAUCCGACAUGUUCAAAGGUUCUCUCUUCAGGGGGCUGCGGCAGCUGCAACUCGCUGACCCACAUGACAACUGGAAGAACUUCAUUGAGACAAAUGCUCAAUCGUUAUGGAAUUACGCACUGAAAGUUACGAAUGGUGGAGAGUGUAAUACUGGCAUGAUGUUUUGA